AUGGCCAUUGUUGGUUUGAAAGCUGAUAAUAAUACUACUACGUCUCAAGGCAAUGCUACUUCUUCUUCAUCAGCUGUUGCUGAAAUUCCUUCCGGGGGAAAUGGACAAGUAAGAAACGAGACUGCUCCUUCUUACACUAAUCAAGUUGUUAUCAACAACAAAAACAAGCAUCCAGGAAGAGGAGGAAGCGGUGGUGGCGGAGGUGGUGGAGGCGGAGGUGGAGGAGGCUACUCAUGGGGAUGGGGAGGAGGUGGUGGCGGUGGUGGAGGUGGAAGAGGAAGAGGAAGAGGAGGAGGUGGUGGUGGUGGUGGAGGUGGUGGAGGUGGCGGGUGGGGGGUGGGGAGGAGGAGGAGGAGGGGCUGGUUGGAAGAGGAGGAAGAAGUGGAUCAAGAAACUAUCAUCAUCCUCAUCGUGAUCAUGAUCACGUGUACGGAGGGAAGAGGAGGUUUGAUGAGGCUGAUUAUGCGGUGGGGGAGUUUGCACAGUGCAUGCGCAAAGGGCGGUGUAAAGGCAUGA